AUCGACAGUCUUAAUUACAAUUCAAAAUUUCAAGUCGUUACAAUUGGAGUCGUUACAAAAACCGGAGCGUCCUCCUCGCUUCAUCACAGUGCCAAUACGAUGUCGUUUCGUAUGGGAAAUUAAAAUAAAUCUGUUUUUUUUCUUUUGUCCGGUAAAACAAAAUUUGUGCCGUUUUCUUCUUCUUCUUCUUCUUCUUCUUAGAGAUUUCUGUAGAAAAUUAGGGCUUUGUCUGCUCAGUUCCGUCAGGUUUUCGCAGAAAAUUAGGACUUUUCUGCGCAUUGUUUACAUUUAGAUAUGGAAAUGGAGCCAAUGGUGUUUGAGGUUGAUCUGGAGUACGAGUUUGAUGCAGCUCGGUGGUUCGAUUUCACUCGGGAGGAGUCACCGGCGGAGUCUCAGUCCGCCGAGUUCUGGUUUCAUUCUGCUCCCUCCUACACCCCCUCUCCUUUCGUGACAAAAUUGUUGCUUGGAGAGGAGAUUCCUGGUGAUAUGACCGAGGCUGCCUCCACGAAACCAGAGGAUGAAGACUUUACUGUCCAUGGUGGUGAGAAGGAUGGAGGAAAUGGAAUGCGUUUUGGGGCAUUUUCAUCCCAACAAGCUCAUAACUCGAAGAAAUUUCCAAACCAACCCAUAUACAUAGGGCCAACGGUUAGCAAUCACAACCACCCUGAUAAACCAAACUUCCGAGCUAAAUCAAGCAUCAGACCUACUCCAAGGAGCUCUACGUUAAUGAGACCCACUGCUAGUCAGUUAGCUAAACAAAAUAAUGCCAGUAAAUUCCAUAUGCAAGUGGACCAAGUUCAUGACAAAGGCUUAUGUGGGACCCAAGUUCAAGCGGCCAAAAGACAGAAACUUGACGGGGGUCUUCUCCGCAAGGUUGCUGAUACAAAGCCUGAGAUGACUUUUGUUCACAAGAUACCCAAGAAGGAUAUAACUCUUGAUAGAAAUUCACAAUAUACCAGGACAAAGAUUACUGUCCCACAGGAGCCUGAUUUUGCUACAUCGCAGAGGGCACACAGGAUACGCCGCAAGAAUGAUGAGAACUUAGAACAGGACUCAACUACCAUAUAUAGAUUCAAAGCACGUCCAUUCAACCGAAAGAUAUUUGAUGCUCCUUCAUUGCCCAUCCGGAAAAAGAGUACUCCAAAACCAACAGAGUUCCAAGAAUUCCAUUUGAAGACUUCAGAAAGGGCUAUGCAACAUUCUUCAGCAGUAACAACAAGGUCAAGUCAGAGAAAUGAUGCGUAUAAGGGAUCAGACAAAACUAAUAUAACUGAUGCACUUGACGGUAUUAACAGGGAAAGUAGGAGACCAAGCGCUAUGGAUAUAUCUAAGCAUGAUGUCUCAGAAGGAAAACACGUUUUUAAAUCUCGUACUCUGAACAAGAAGAUACUUUCAAGCAGAGGAGACAUGGGCCUCUUCAAAAAUAGCAAGCGAGAAACAACAUUUCCUUUGGAGUUUAGUUUUCAUUCAGAAAAGAGAGUUCAACCAGAUUUACCGACAGACCUUUUCAGCAAGCUCUCCAUCAAACCCGAGAUCAAGCAAAAUAGUGGAUCCCGCACAAGAUUUCCUCAAGCAAAGGGCUUCAAGGAAAACAGAGUGUACUCUUUCCAAGCAGGGAAUGAGGUAAGCUCUAAACUUGUUGAAAACAAAAGCAGCUUGCAACCACUUACAAUCUGGUCAUAGCGGAAUAGUUCCUGAAACAAAUCAACAAUGGACCGCCAGUAGGAGCUUAGGCAUUCGCUGAUGGUGUAUAGAAACAGCUUUUGUAGCAUAUGGAAUCAUCAUCAAAAACUCCUUUUUACAGUUAGUAGCA